CCCUCCAAAUCAUUGGAUUCAGGUGUUCCAAUCCCCUCCAAAUCAUUGGAUUUAGGUGUUCCAGUCAGCUCCAUGGCCUCAAGUGUAUAAAAUCAAGCACCUAGACAUGCAGACUGCUUCUACAAAUAUUUGUGAAAGAAUGGGUUGCUCUCGGGAGCUCGGUGAAUUCAAGCGUGGUACCGUGGUAGGUUGCCACCUGUGCAAUAAUUCCAUUUGUGAAAUUUCCUGGCUACUAAAUAUUCCAUGGUCAACUGUUAGUGGUAUUAUAACAAAGUGGAAGCAACUGGGAACAACAGCAAUGAAGCCAUCAAGUGGUAGGCCAUGUAAAAUGACAGAGCGGGGUCAGCGCAUGCUAAAGCGCACAGUGAUUGUCACGGUCUGGGUCAGGUUCAGAGACCAGUUGCUAUAGCAGUAAAAGGCUUACCUGAAACCAGCAGGAUCGGUAUACCAGUGGGU